AUGAAGAAAUCAGGCGGAGCGAGAAAGAAAGCCCGAAGAUCUUCAACCUCCGUACAAAACGGCAGCAGAGAUCCCAGCGUCGACACUCCUCCUAGGAAACAAGCUGCCAAGAAGGAUGUGUUUCAGUUGUUUGCUGAGAAGGUGAGGGACCAUAAGGAUUUGGUGUCUAGAUGGGCUGUCUUGCAGGAAACCCGUGUCGAAUAUUUUAGAGGGAAGGACUUUGUAAGCUUUAUGAAAAAUCAUCUGGAGCUUAAAGAAAUACUGGAGUCAGAUAGAAAUCUAGAAAUUGAAGAUAUUGCCAAUAGUUUGUUACAAAAAAAUCUUUUGGUGCGCUGUGACCGUGUGGUGAAAACUGUUCGUCCGGGGAAGAAAAAGUUGUCUACCUGGCCUGCGCAUUUAGAAAUUUUCCCUGAACAAGUUUUCUCUGAAAAUGAUGCCUUUUUUGCGUGGACAUUUGUAAAACGACGGCCAUUAUGGCAAACACUUCUCUCAUUUUUCUGGCCUGUGUUGACACUUGCAAUUUGCUUGUUUCCUGUAUAUCCACAUCGAUGCAAAUUACUAAUACUCUACUCAUGCGCGGGAGUUCUGCUACUUAUCCUCUCCUUGCUUCUUUUGAGAGCUGCAAUAUUUGGUGUUAUAUGGAUCAUUCUUGGAAAGCGUGUUUGGUUCUUCCCUAACAUCCUUGCUGAGGAAGCAACAUUGCAAGAAUUAUUCCGUUUCUGGCCCAAUAAAGAUGAAGAAGAGCGACCAAAAUGGACUGCAAGACUAUUCUAUGCAAUAGUGGCUGUGUUGGUCAUACUGUUGCUGAGGCACCAUGCCCCUGAUGAGGCUGCUAGAGCAAGGUAUCAGAAGCGGAUGUCAAACAUAAUUGAUGAAGUCCUGGAAUGGUCUCCAAGCCUGGCGCUGUCCGGGAUGAUGGAGAAACAGACUGUGGUUAAUGCCACAGAAAAUACCAACAAUUUUUCAACUGAAAGCAAGGCAACCUCCGAGACGGUGAACUCUGCCAAGGAAACUGAUCAACCUCAGGAUGAUACCAUGUGAUAGAUCUUGUCAGGCUUGAUAGAUGGUUAAUAGUGCCUCUUUUGGAUUUUGUUAAAAGAAUUCGAGUGUAAUAUCAACUGAAAAAUAAAGGCUUGAUAGGUGGUUAUGAAA